AUGGCUACCGAGUUGACCGUCCAGUCCGAGAGGGCUUUCCAGAAGCAGAAGGGUAUCUUCCUUAACCAGAAGACCAAGGCGAAGUCUGCUCGCCCCGGCAAGAGCGGCCGCAGAUGGUACAAGGACGUUGGCCUGGGUUUCCGUACCCCCGCCACUGCCAUUGAGGGCUCCUACAUCGACAAGAAGUGCCCCUUCACCGGCCAGGUCUCUAUCCGCGGUCGUAUCCUCACCGGCACCGUCGUUUCCACCAAGAUGCACCGCACCCUCAUCAUCCGCAGAGAAUACCUUCACUACAUUCCCAAGUACGCCCGUUACGAGAAGCGCCACAAGAACCUCGCCGCCCACGUUUCCCCCGCUUUCCGUGUCGAGGAGGGUGAUCAGGUCACCGUUGGCCAGUGCAGACCUCUCAGCAAGACAGUCCGCUUCAACGUCCUCCGCGUUCUUCCCCGUACUGGCAAGGCUGUCAAGUCCUUCAGCAAAGCUUCCAAUUUGCGACAAGCCGAAAGGCCCCCUCUGGACUUCCUAUUCCUUUCCGAAUUCACCAAGACAAAACCCCUGGGUUCUCUCAAAGGCUCCUCCUGUCCCUUUGCGAACUCUCUUCGAGCUCUCUCAGUCGCAAUGGGGUGGUUCGACGGCUGGUUCGGCCCCAGCGGCCCCUCGUCUGCCGACCCUCUCAAGUCCCUCGACCCCAAGCUCCGCGAAUUCCUCGAGCGCGAGUCCCCGGUCAAGAUCCAGCAGCAGGUCCAGGAAGCCGGAAACAAGGCUGUACGUGUCGCCGCUCAAGCAGCAAAAACAGCAGCAGCCCACGCACACGCAAACGCACAGUCAGAAGGACAGCAGCAACAACAAGAGAUUGCCGGUGCGGCGGACGCAACACGGCCAAAGGUGCCAAAGGAGAGCCUCUUCCAGGACGGGCGGUACGCGCACCUGUGGAAGACGUACCGGCCCUACGCCGAGGUCGAGGCCGAGACGAAGACGGACCACGAGAAGCUCAUGGACGUAUUGGAAGGGUUCAAGCAGAGGAAGCACAACAUUGGCAAGGCGGCGCUUGAGAAUUGCGCUAUCCAGCAGGAGGAGUGGGUGAACUGCAUGAAGAGCGGCGACUGGGAGGACAGGAUGCAGAUGUGCAGGCAUCAGGUUCAGAGGUUUGAGAGGUGUUAUACCAUGCAAACGAGAUUCCUCAAGGCCCUGGGCUACCAGUCCGUAAACGACCGACCCGCUCAGGUGGAAGAAGACAUUCAAAUGCACGCGGACCAGCUCUACGGGCGCAUGAUUGAGCAAGAAAAGGCCAUCGAGGCCGCAAAGAAGGAAGGCCUCCCCGUGCCAAAGUUCGACUUCGCGAUACCCACCACGGCACCAGCAGCCGGCGCCGGCGAGGCCCCCGUCGUGCAGCCCAGACCGGACCUGGAGAAAUCAUGGAAGGAGCAGCUGGAGCAGCUGCCCGAGUCGGAGAGGGCGUUCGAGGAAGCGGCGCUGCGGGCGGACCUGCAGGCCAAGGCGGAGGUGGCCAAGAACGUGCAGAGGCUGUGGGACGAGCAGGAGAAGGAGAAGGAGAGGCGCAAGGCGGAGGGUAAGGCUACGAUUGUGGAUCGCAUCUCGGGGACGUUUGGCGGUGGGAAGUAA